AUGGCGGACGGAGCCAUCCUUUUAGGUUUAGUGGACGAAAUCAUGUCUGAAAAUGACGAUAAGAUCUGUGGAUGGACCACAAAUAAGAUUGGAGGAACUCCUGUAAGUAAAUUAGGUCUUCUUGAUAAUUGAUCUCAAAAUAAUAUCUAAAAUAAUUACUAUAUAACUAUCGGUUUGCCCCACAGAUUUGGUUGCUUGGACCGCCAUGGCAGUAUCCCACGUGUCGGUUGUGUAACAGAGUGUUAUAUUUGGUCUGUCAAGUUUACUGCCCGCUGUCAGAUUCCAUCUUCCAUCGUGUGCUGUAUAUCUUUGGUUGUACCAAUCAAUCUUGCUGGAAUAAAAACACUAGGUAAUUAUUACUAGGUAAUUAAUUAUUACGUGUAACCCUUACUGCCCAUGGCGGGGAGAAAAAAAUCCAUGCAGCAGAUCACAAUUAAUGUGAUCUGCAUGGUGUUUCCUAAAUUGCAAUACCAACGAAACUGCUAUCAAAUAUGAAUAACUGGAGUAACUGUGAAAUAUCUGGCCACUCACAAUGUGGCCACACAGCUAUGUAGCUAUGUGACUAUGCCUCCACGACAUGGUUUUACGAGUGUAAAGUCUAUGUGGUGGCGCGGCUUAGUAGAUGGCUAUGUACAACAACAACAACAACAACAACAACAACACUUUAUUCACAUUUCCAUUACAGGGUUUGUCAAACUUAUUGAAUAAUUAGUAACUUAACACGUAGAAUAUUCAAUUACAAUUUAAACUAAAUAUUAUUACAUAGAAGGAAAUGCCUAGCGGCUAGAUAACCGUAAGGUUUUCGAGCUAGCAACUAGUUCUUUGAAAGUAGUGUCGAAUGUACAGGACAUCACAAUAACUAGACAUACAAAACAUCUUAAGACACACACCAUAAAAAAAAAGAAGAAAGCACAUAGAUGGCAAAAAAAAAAAAGAAAGAAGAGAAAACAGUCAUCAUAGUACAUGAUGAUAUGAUUAAAAUAAAAUAAUUUCAGUAAGUUAAUUGUUCGGCCAACAAGUAUUCUUUUAAUGUUUUAGGAAAGUUAUAAGUUGAAAGGUCUUUUAUAUGGGUAGGGAGCUGUUGCCACAAUUCGGUCGCCAUAGCCGCUGUUGUUUGCUUUCCUAUAUUGGUCCUGGAACGUGGUUUGUAGAAGUUACUUUUUGAAGCAUAUCUCGUAUUAUAUGUAUGGACUUCACUUGCAUAGCGAUGUACCGAUACGUUAUUGGAUACAAACUCUACUUGUAACUCUACUUGUAACUGGAAGAUAGUUACCGGAAGUAUUAGACUGUAAAACAAGAUUGAGGCUGAUUGCACCAUAGAUUGCUUCAGCACACAUCAUGGUGAACUUUAUGAAAGAAAUGUGCAUGUUGGAAUAAAAACUGAGUUAUGUUUUGACGUGAAAGUUAGUUGCAUCGACUUAGAACCAUGGUCAUGCUUGCAACACAUGUAUGUGGCUACUCAACGAAGUGGUUACAUGACUACACAUCAGUAUGUGGCUUUAUCUCUGGUAUUGUUUAAGUUGCAAGGCCUACAUGUAUUUCAAAUGUCAGACUUCAUGUGUGAAGCUGAGGUUUGAAACACAUGAAACCUAAGUUCAUAUUAAGAAAAACUGGCAAAUUUGCAGCUCUUUAAAAUCAUGACACAUGCAGGUGAUGACUGAGUGCCUGCACGUAUGUCACCCUAAAUAGUACUGCUCACACAGGAAGCCCAAAAUGCAGACAGUUGAUUCUACUCCUUUAUUUUAUUUUUCAGUUGGAAAGUUUUGAGAUCACAAGCCAAAGACAGCAAUUUUGGUUCCAAGGAAACAACAAACAAUGAGGUCAGGCAAUUCUUUUGCCUUUUAUUGCUUAUUGAAGAUGAAGGCAGUCCAAGAUAUGUGUGUUUUCAGUUUGUUAGUAACCUUCUCAUAUUUUGAAUUUUCUUACCAUUAUAGCCUUCCGGUGAAUUUGUAGGUGAUGACUGGUGUGAUGAUGCUGAGGACUGGGGAGAGUAA